CAGAGGGAGCCGCUAUGACCGUGUGAACCCACCAUUCAGCACCAGUACCCUGUCACAGGUGAAACAUGUCUGUCAUUAUAAUAUUGUAACCAUCGCUCUUGCCUGGUUUUCAGACAGAAAAAAAGGUGCCAGUCAGUCCAAACUUGUAACCCGUCCUUCUUCUUGUUGUAUAUCCGUCACGGAAUCGUAAGCGCGCACCGGGUUAGCUUAUCAUGUGGGUUUUCGGUUACGGGUCCCUGAUAUGGAAAGUGGAUUUUCCUUAUGAGGAGAAAAGAAUUGGUUACAUUAAAGGCUUCAGCCGUCGGUUUUGGCAGGGCAGUACCGACCACCGUGGAGUACCGGGUAAACCAGGCCGGGUUGUGACACUGGUGGAAGACCCCGAGGGGUGCGUUUGGGGCGUUGCUUACAAGCUGCCGACAGGCCGGGAGCAGGAAGUGAAGAGCUACCUCGACUACCGAGAAAAAGGUGGUUACCAGGUCAUCGCGGUGACCUUUCACCCCCGUCCACCACUAAAUCCCCCGCCCAGCCAGACGCUGCUCUACAUUGGCUCUCAGGACAACCCAGACUACCUCGGCCCCGCACCUCUGGAGGAGAUAGCCAACCAGAUUGCCACCUCCACUGGUCCAAGUGGACAGAACACUGAAUAUCUGUUUCAGCUGGCUGAUGCUGUGAGGACAAUUCUGCCCGAGGAUUCAGACGCUCACCUGUUUUCUCUUGAAACUUUAGUGAAGGAAAGACUACAAAAUGCACAAAAUCACUCACACAAUCAAACAGAUUGAACAGUGAUUUGAUAAAGAAAACAUGUCAAAUAAUCUCAGGGUUUAAGGAACUUGUGGAGGAAAAUCAGGAUAUUUCGGGUACAGAAAAUGUGUUAAGGAAGUCUGUUUCUAUCCCUGUUAGUAUUACUCUACAGAAAUUGCAUUAAAGUACAAAAAAGUCUAGAAAAAUAUAUGUUGAGUGAUCCCAAAAUAUGCUAUAAACUUGUAAAUGUACAAUAUUCAUCAGCUCUAAGGAAGAAUGUUUUGAAUUCAUUCAUAUUUUUGCAUGAAUAUAUCUAUAUUCACAGAUACAUUUGAUGUGUUUUCACACAUUUUAAAUAAAAAAUCAUCUGAAGUUGAGCUC